UAAAUCAAAAUGGCGACCAAAAUACAGGAAGCAUGCAGUCAGUUCUAUGUACUUUUCGGAGAUAUCGCUACAAACCAUUGAUUCAACAUGGUUACAGUUCCUAAAGAUAUGACAAAAGCUUUUGCUGAAUGUACUGUUUAUGACGAAGAAAGCGAGAAUAAUGAGGCGAGCCUGCCAAUUGCGUAUAACGAAACUCGACAUCUUGAUAAGAUAGAAGGUUCAAAAAAGGUCACGCAAACAUGGAGAAUGAAAGAGCGAAUGAAGACCGUCAGUGUGGCUCUAGUUCUUUGCCUCAAUGUUGGAGUUGAUCCACCUGAUGUAGUUAAAACCUCACCAUGUGCCAGACUAGAGUGUUGGAUAGACCCACUGGCCCAGAGUCCUCAGAAGGCCCUAGAGGCUAUUGGGGGCAACUUGCAGAAGCAGUAUGAGCGCUGGCAGCCGCGCGCCCGCUACAAGCAGACCCUCGACCCUACAGUGGAGGAGGUGAAGAAGCUGUGUACAUCUCUCCGCAGAAAUGCCAAGGAUGAGCGUGUUUUGUUUCAUUACAAUGGCCAUGGUGUUCCCAAGCCAACAAGCAAUGGUGAAAUAUGGGUGUUUAAUAAGAGUUAUACCCAGUACAUACCUCUGUCAAUAUAUGAUCUACAGACGUGGAUGGGCAGUCCGUCUAUAUAUGUGUACGACUGUUCACAUGCAGGAGUCAUUGUAGACUGCUUCAAGUCCUUCCUGCUGCAGAGGGAGCAAGAGUCAGCCGUGGUGAAUGGCAAGUCUCACUCAUCAGUUACCACAGUGUGCUACAACAAGCAGUGUAUCCAGCUGGCGGCCUGUGGGCCCACAGAGUUGCUGCCCAUGAACCCUGACCUGCCCGCCGACCUCUUUACCUCCUGUCUCACCACGCCCAUCAAAAUAGCCCUCAUGUGGUAUGUUCUACAGAAUACUAGCAAGUUGGUGCCCGGUCUCACACAGGAUAUGGUGGACAAAGUACCAGGUCAAUUGAAUGACAGGCAGACAAUGCUGGGAGAGUUGAACUGGAUAUUUACAGCAAUCACAGACACCAUAGCCUGGAACACUCUACCUAGAGAUUUGUUCCAAAGACUGUUCAGGCAGGAUUUGUUGGUGGCUAGUCUGUUUCGUAACUUCCUGCUAUCUGAGAGGAUAAUGAGGUCGUACAACUGCACCCCGAUAUCAUCCCCCAAACUUCCACCCACAUACCAGCAUCCCAUGUGGGAAGCCUGGGACCUUGCGCUGGACCUGAGUCUGCGCCAGCUGCCACGCCUACUGGAGGACGAGUGCUUCCAGCACAGCCCGUUCUUCACGGAGCAGCUCACUGCGUUCGACGUAUGGCUCAAGUACGGCGCCGAGACGCGUGCGCCGCCUGAACAGCUGCCCAUUGUGCUGCAGGUGCUGCUGAGCCAGGUGCACAGGCUGCGCGCGCUGGAGCUGCUCAAGAGGUUCUUGGACCUCGGGCCUUGGGCUGUCAGCCUGGCGCUGUCUGUGGGGAUAUUUCCGUACGUGCUGAAAUUAUUGCAGAGCAAUGCAAGAGAGCUACGACCAUUGUUAGUGUUCAUCUGGGCGAAAAUACUUUCUGUGGACAGUUCAUGUCAGGUGGACCUUGUGAAGGACAACGGACACAAAUACUUCCUGAAUGUGCUGGGAGAUCAGUACAUGCCGUCGGAGCAGAAAACUAUGGCUGUGUUUGUGUUAGCCAUGAUGGUGAAUGAAUACAGACAAGGACAGGAGGCCGCACUGCAAGGCAAUGUGAUCUCUAUCUGCCUGGAGCAGCUUUCAGACACCAGUGCCCUGCUCCGCAAGUGGCUGGGGCUUUGCCUGGCCAAGGUGUGGACCAACUUUGACAGCGCCCGCUGGUGCGGUGUUCGCGACAGCGCCCACGAGAAACUGUACAAGCUGCUGACUGAUCCAGAGCCCGAGGUGCGUGCGGCAGCUGUGUACGCUCUGGGAAUGUUCAUCAGUAAUGUCAGUGAGAAGAGCGACCACGCUACCAGUAUUGACCUGGGGGUCGGCAUGCGUCUGGUGCAGGUCGCCAGUGAUGGGAGUCCACUCGUACGCAAGGAGCUUGUUGUAGCCUACAGUGGUCUAGUACAGCAUUUUGAGGUCCACUUUGCCGCGGCAGCGGCUCAGCAAAUGGAUGAUGAGAAACAAAGGGAGAGAACUGCAGCUGUUGUGACGGGAGAGACAGUGGGUGGGUGGAAUCUUGUAGCCCCUGGUAUCCCAGAGGGAGUUCCCAGCAGUAGGGAAAUAUCCAGCUUGAAGAAGUCCUCAUCCCGUGGAAGUUUAAAAAACAUCCUCACAUCCUCCCCAAGUCAGUCCAGUCUUGGAUCCAUCCCCCCUGCUCCGCCUCUACCGCACAUGUUUACAAGCUCCAUGGAGACGACCUCUCACCUUGACCUUCAAUUGCCCGGCAACCGUGUUCCUCGGGCUGCCUCUAGCAACACCAUCUCGUCCAACCUGAUGCUGAACAGCGUCUAUAAGAACGUGUGGAAGGUGCUGCUGCAGUUGUCGUGUGACCCUGACCCCGGCGUGAGCCGCAUGGCGAAAACUCUGGUGGAUCUUGUGAGAAAUAAGUCGACAGGUCAAACGAGGCCAAGGCAGGUGUCUAUCAGCUGUUCCUCCAACCAUUCUGUGCCCUCGAGUCCCUCAAAUAGGUCACAGCAUAGCAUGCCAGUCAGUACGCCACCACAGGUGACCCUGACCAAUGUGCUGGAUGACCCUGCCGACCCCAGACCCAUUGGGCGUGUAGGUUCAGGGGUUGGCCCCUCAAUCAGCAAUCCCACCAGCCCCUACCAGUACACACAGUUCACUCGGUCCAGGAAACUCUUUGACAAGGGACCGAACAUGGUUGAAGAUCGUGAUGAGGAAAACAACCACCUCAACCGCCAGUCUGUCCUCAUCAGCACUGACUUUUUUGAGUGGAGUUGCAAGCAGUUCCUGCAACCAGUCAACCGGUUGUGUGAAGUAGAAGAUCCAGAAAGUGAUGUUUUCAUGGAGCGCACCUUCAGGUUUGACCGGAACAGUCAGGUUCGGACGGAGGCUUUGGAGGAACAGGCUGUGGCAGGGUUCAGCAGACUUGACAAUGAGAUUUUUGUGAACAAGAACCAAGGAGUUCCCUCUGUGCUCAAGUUUCAUCCAUACCAGUCGGAGCUGGCGGUGGCUUUCAAGGAUGGAAUUGCGUUCUGGAACUGGGAGCAGGGGCCUCGACUAGGAUCUCUGUCAAACGGCAACCCCCGCAAUACCAAGAUUACCUCGCUUGAGUAUCUCAACGCCCAUGACAACACCCUGCUGCUCUGCGGGUCAGAUGACGGUUGUGUGCGGGUGUGGAGAGAUUACAUAGAUGAACAGAAUCCCAACCCACAACUGGUGUCCGCCUUCCAGGCUAUCAAUGAGAUGUUGCCACUGACACGAGGGUCAGGUCUCGUCACGAACUGGGAGCAGAACACGGGCAGCCUGCUGGCCUCAGGGGACGUGCGCUUCAUCCGUGUCUGGGAUGUGGAGAAGGAGUUGAAGGUGCAAGACAUCCCAACGGGUGCAGACAGCUGUGUUACGUGUCUGGCCUCUGACAUGGCUGGGCGCUCCCUGCUCAUUGCUGGUUGUGGUGACGGGACUGUGAGGCUGUUUGACAGGCGUCUCAGUCCUACAGAGUGCCGUGUGAUGACCUUACGAGAGCACGGCCGCUGGAUCGUGAAAGUACAUCUUCAGAAAGGCCCUGAUGGGAAGAUUGUUACUGCAAGUAAUGCUGGAGACGUCCGUUUUUGGGACCCACGUUUCACUGAGAGUGUGAGGUCCAUGACGCUGCAGUCAAGUUUUACUGCUGUAGACAUACAUCCAAGGGCAGAUGUCCUCGCUUGUGGCUCUCAGAACCAGUACAUUGGUGUGUACAAUCAGUCAGGGGACUCAUUGAGCACUCUCAAGUACCAUGAUGGCUUCAUAGGCCAGAGGCUCGGGGCAAUCACUUCCCUAUCAUUUCAUCCAUACAAGGUGAAAUUGGCAGCGGGAACUUCUGACUCCUACAUCUCUGUGUAUUCUGUCAGUAUGAAAAGAAGCUGAUCAUUGCUAAAUGAAGAAUUGAAACAGACAAAAACUCAACAGACAUAAACUGUCAAAUCAUGCACUUAAUUGUUUGUGCACUACAAGUCAAAGAAUGCUUCAUGUGAUCAUCAGACAUUGAUUGUGCUAGCACAGGAUCUGGCAUUGUGAUAUGCGAGUAAUGUGAUAGAUAUUGUGAUAGUGCUAGUGGUGAUGGGGUGUAUUCCCUCAGGUGACCUAGAUAUGAAUAGGCAUUUAUCAGUGGAAACUGUAGUAAAACAAUGAUCAGAUCAUGCUAUCUCGGGCGAUGGCAUGGUAUGAUCUAUACAACAAAUUUCACACUGUGUGCUUGUUUGGUGUUUAUCACAGAAAAAAGUGCGAUUCAUUUGCAAUCUCUGGGUAGAUCAGGUCCAAACAAACAUAAGCUUUGGAUUGCAUGGACAGAAAGGGUACAAAUCUGAGUAUGAAACUGUCAAUAGCUAUGUAUCCAGAAAAGCGGUUAUUUGUAUGUGGAAAGUAAGCCGAGUAAACUUACGUGAGUAGAUGUCUUACAGAGCCUGUGAUAGCCUGUAUGCCCAGUAUCAGAGGCAAUCCAUGCAUCUUAUUGUCUGUUCUGUCAAUGUACUGUAUUCAUUGUGAAUGAGCUCUGGAAAAACGGGGCUUAGUGCAUAUGCCUAAAGUGUCUUCCCAGAUUAGCCUGUGCAGUCCCUACAGGGACAACACUCUCAGCCUUGACUGGAUUGCCAUUUAGAAGAGACUUUCUUUAAAGUAAAAAUACCAUAAAAACACUAUGAACAUGCACUAAGCCUGGUUUUCCCUGAGCACAGCUUAUUAAUGUAGUAGUAUCCCAGUGCCCAGCGUGAGUCAAACACAGGUACAGUCCACUCUCGUUAUCUCGACAUCGGAUAUCUUGAUUUUCUCGAUAUGUCGAGGAAAGCUCAAUGUCCCACCUUUUUUCCUUCUUUAUCUAUAUUAAUAAAUAUCGCAUUUCUCGAUUUUUGUUAUGUCGAAUAAUUCGAUAUCUCGAUAUUAAAAUUUAUCCCGAGUCCCAAUUUUACAUGUAUUUACUGUGGUAUUUACUAUUUUAUCUCGAAGUGCGAAUAACUGUCCUAGUGUCAGCAAAGGUGAGAAAAAUUUUCUUUGAUACUUCGCCGUCCUGCUUCUCCCGGCUGCUCCCGAUCCUGUGCUGUAGAUAAUUGAUCCGUUAAUUGCAUCAAUGACCACACGUGUGUAAUGUCGUUAGCCAUUAACACUUGAGUAAGGCCUGUCACUUUGACUAUCACUUUAACUUCAAUUAACUGCAAUUAAUACACAGCCUGCUGAAAGAUUAAUUGUUUUUACAAACAACAUUCCAAAAUGCAUUGAGUUAUAUUUUUGCGUAUAUAAAACGUCGCAAAUUUGCAGAAUGUUGUUCUUUCCUUGAACUCCAACAGUCAUUAUCAUGGCUAACUUGAAAAUCUAAUCGAUUUAAAUUUGCAUUUAAAACUAAAAAAUGUACAUGUACAGUUCAGUGUUCCAGAACGUGAUUUACGCAUGUUCAGAUGGACAACCCUGGUCUUGAUUGGACGUCGAUUGCAUCAUAACUUUAAAUAGCAACAUUACCGGAUAUUAACUCGACAGUUUAGAAAAAUGAUAAUCGCAUGUGUUCAUGCAAUUCUGUAACACUUAAAACAACGUCAUUUAAAGCAUUUAAAUAGCAAAUGUAAUUGUGCCUCGUAAAAACGCAUAUAUAUCGGGUAAUAGAUAGGUUAGUAGAGAGUAUUAUGCCACACAGUGACGGCUUUAGUUAGACCACUUAGCAGGUAUUUAGAUGUUAAAAACAAGGUAAAUUUUCGUCUCUUUUUUUCUUUGAAAACGCCUAAUUGGAUAUCUCGAACUCUCGUUAUCUCGAUAUUUUUUCUUGUUCCCGCCGACUUCAAGAUAAUGAGAGUAGACUGUACAUGUUUACUGUAACAAUUAAACUUGUGUGACUGACCAUUGGUCAGUUUAAGGUCAAUCAAAACUUAAAAAGCCAACUUCGAGUUGUUACAACUUUUUUAAGCCAGCCUAACCCCUGUGUGCAGUUAUCUGAGUAUGUAUACAGUAUUAUUGCUGCAUUGUGAAUUAUACAAUUGGCAACAAUAGAGGCAUUACAGGAAUACAAUAUUGAAAAAUUGAGACUGGAAUGAAGAAAGUAAUAAUCGUGUGUAUUUGCUUCCUGCAUUUAACCUUAUUGGAAGAUCUAGAAAUUGUGUUAUUAAGUUUUAAGAAUUGUAUAUUUGUACAUAGCUGUAAGUUGAAAGCUUAUUUAUUGUAUGCAUGCUACUAUUUUAAGUGGAAACUGUUUUCUGUUUCUAUUAAAAUUAAAAUAUUUUUUUACAUAUUCCUGAUAUGAAGACAUUUUUUUGUUUUUGAUCAUUCAACAUACUUUUUUAAUCAAAAACAGGUGUUUUGAUGCCUGCUUUUGGUUAACAACGGGCCAUUUUGCCUUGUAUAUAUGAGCAGCACGUCAAGGAAACUAAAUGGUUGCUAGAAGUAUUGCUCCAGAUUAGCCUGUGCAAAAACUGACAUCUGCCAUACUUGAAUCAGAGAUAGGUGGGGAAAGGUAAUUAAAAUAGUUUCGUUACAAAUGCCUAACACAUGUAGAUUCAGGCAGUCAUUUAACUCACAACCCCUUGCAAUGACAAUUCAGUACUUUACAAACUGAGCUAUAUAUUUCUGUUGGACAUCAUCUUAUAAAAAAUUGCUGAAA